GCACACCAACGUGACAAGACUUCCCAUCCUCUGGAAACACUGACAUGGCCAAAGCAGAGGAGCCUCACCUCCGGAUCGUCCUUGUCGGGAAAACUGGAGUUGGGAAGAGUGCAACGGGAAACACACUCUUAAAAAAAAAGGUUUUUCAGUCGAAACUUUCGUCUUCUUCACUGACAUCUGAGUGUCAGAAGGAAACAGCAGAGUGUGGAGGUCAGACACUGGCCGUGGUCGAUACUCCAGGCCUGUUUGACACCAGCAAGUCUGAGGAGCACGUGAGAAACGAGAUCGCUAAAUGCAUGUCGUACGCUUCUCCUGGUCCUCAUGUGUUCCUGGUGGUGCUCCAGCCGGGAAGAUUCACCAAAGAAGAACAAGACACGGUGAAAAUCAUCCAGCAGAUGUUUGGAGAGAAGGCAGCGGGGUACACCAUGGCUUUGUUCACCCACGGAGAUGAUCUGAAGGAUGAAGAACACACCAUAGAGGAGCUUAUCAAAGAGAAUCCAGCUCUCCGUCAGUUCGUCAGUCAGUGCCGUGGAGGAUUUCAUGUGUUCGACAACAAAGACAAGGAUCCAGGACAAGUGAGCGAGCUGCUGAAGAAGAUCAACACCAUGGUCCAGAGAAACGGAGGAACCUACUUCACCAAUGACAUGUUCCAAGAGGCUGAGCGGGCCAUCAGAGAAGAGCUCAGACUGGUGCUGGUGGGUCAGGAGAAAGUGGGGAAGAGCUCAGCAGCAAACACCAUCCUGGGAAAGAAGGAGUUUGGCUGCAGGAUCAGCUCCACACCUCUGACUCUGAGCAGCAGGGUGGUAGAAGGUGCUGUUGAGGGCCGCUGGGUCUCGGUGGUGGACACUCCUGGACUGUUCAGCUCUCAGCUGUCUCCAAAGGAGGUGAAAGCAGAGCUGCUGGCAGCGGUGAAGCUGAGCUCUCCAGGUCCUCACGCCUUCCUCCUCACCCUCCAGCUGGGACGCUUCACCGAAGAAGAGCAGAAAGGCCUGCAGACCCUGCAGAACAUGCUGAGUUCAAACAUCUCCAAACACACCAUGGUGCUGUUCACCUACGGAGACCGACUGGAAGACACCGACGUCCAGCAGCUCAUCAGAGAAGACGACAACCUGCAGCAGCUGCUGAAGAACUGUAGCGGCUACUGCCAUGUCUUCAACAACAGACAGAUGGAGGACAGGAGGCAGGUCCAACGUCUGCUGGACAAGAUAGACUCCAUCUCUGAGGGAGGACACUUGAACUACAGGAGAACCUCUGAGAGCUUCAUAGUCAGGGUUGGUCAGGGGAUUCGCCAGAGAUGUUUGAGGCUAUUUAGCAACUUCUACCACAUCAUCAGAAGUGGAGAGACACAAAGAGAACGGGAGGAGACCAGAGGAAGAGAGAGAAGAGAAGAUCAGGGGGGGGAAGAGAAGAGAGAGGAAGGACGGAAAGAGAAGAGAGGAAGAGGAGAAACGGUGGGGCUGAUAAACUAUAGAGUGAAGACAGAAGAGGAGACAUUUUAAGAAGAGAUGUGAAGCACUCAGUGUGUUUACCAGUCUGUUGUCAUGGUGAUUUCAUGUCAGUUUAUGUAUUUUUCCUCUCAGGACCUUCUACAGAUUUGGUCCAUUUGUCACUGAACACAUCUUUCCACUGCAGGAACAUCUACAGAUUCAGCCCUCUGAUCUUUCUGAUUCCCCUCCAGAUACAACAGCUUCACUUGAACUCAGAGACCAGAACCAGUUACUGGACUUAGAUCUAGUUCUAUGUAAGAAACAGA